AUGGACCCAGAUGUUGACGAUACCAUAACGCGAAGUCUUGAAGACUGUCCGAAUGGGUAUCCGAGACUGGCAGCGUUCCUUGCUUCAGAGCCAAACUUCUCCCUGUAUCGUGGCUUCGGGUAUCUGCACGCGCGCGUGCUUCUCGAGCUUCAGUCGGAAAUCGUUGCAUUGGAGCAGGAGCUCGAUGACAUCGAUGAAAUCCAUUCCGAGACUGACGGCUCUAAUAGGCGUCUGAUAUCACGGGGUGCGGAUGUUGCGGCUGCUGAUCGAGAGAAAGAGGAGCGUACUCGACAGGACAUCCUGAGGGACAUCCGCACCAAAUUAGUAGAAUAUGACGAUAUGAUGAUCAAAUCUCGCGAGCUGACUUCAUUUCAAAUCCCGUCUCAAAGAAAUUAUAGAAGCGUUCGGGCGUGGAUUUAUAACCUCCAGCCACUGGUUGAACGAGAGCAGGAAUUCAUCAAGCGGAAAGAAGACAUUAUCACGACUCGCCAAGGUCGUGAGUGGUCCGGUUUCGAUGGGUACGUGGAGUCAAUGAUUCGACGACUGAACUGCAAAUUGAUUCGGCAUAUAUUCUGCACCCGGGAGCUACGAGAGAAGACGAAUGACAAACAUGUCAACUACUACUCCGCAUCCCGCGUGGAAAAGUUCGUUGGCAUCAUUAUCACCGUCAUAAUUCUCAUUCUGUUGGUCCUUCCAGUCGUAGCGCUGUAUCAAAUGACUUCGAUGCGAAAGAAGUCAUCCACAAUCGAUGCUGUGGGCGUUCUGAUUGUCUUCACUCUUCUUUUCUCGGCGGCGAUGUCUUUGCUCACGAAGGCGCGUCGUCAUGAGCUGUUUGCUGCUUCUGCGGCAUAUUGCGCAGUGUUAGUGGUAUUUAUCAGUAAUUUUGGAAAUGAUGGCCCUCAGCGUUGA